AUGGCACCGAAAGUCCUCAUCUUCGGUGCUGGCAGCAUCGGUGGUGUGUACUCAUACAUCCUGUCUCGCGCAGUGCCAGCCGCCAACAUCACCGUAACAUGUCGGUCCAACUACGAAGCCGUCACCAAGAACGGAUUCAUCGUGAACUCGACUCUCUGGGGCAAAGGGCUCAAUGUCAGGCCAAGAGUUGCUAGGAACGUCACGGAAGCAGUUCAAGCCAGUGCAGGAAAUCCGUUCGACUAUGUCAUCGUGACUAGCAAGGCUCUCAACACCACGCCGUCGACGGCAGAGCUCAUCAAGCCGGCUGUGGCAUCCGGCACGACGACCAUAGUCCUCAUCCAGAACGGCAUAGACACCGAGGGGUCAUUCGCAAAGCUUUUCCCGGAGACCCCAAUCCUGAGCACGGUCGUCUACCUCCCGGCCACCCAGAUCGAGCCCGGCGUCAUCGAGCACCAGGAGGUCGAGCUGCUGCACAUCGGCACAUACCCAGCAUCCGCGCCAGAGCAACACAAGGCCGCGGCAAAGGCCUUCUCGGACCUCCUGACGGCCGCAAAUGCAUCCUCAAAGGUGCACGACGACGUGCAGGCCGAGCGCUGGUCGAAGCUCAUCGUCAACGCGUCGUGGAACUCGAUCUGCGCGCUGACCCGGUCCCGGGACAGGCCCCUGCUGGACGUCACCAACCAGUCCGGCGGCUUCAAGGACUUCAUCAGGGGGGUGAUGCUGGAGAUCGCGGCGACCGCCCAGGCGUGCGGCUACGCGGACAUCAACACGGAGCUCGUCGACUUCCAGCUGGGGCGCGCGUCCGUCCGGUCGUUGCCGGGCAUCCAGCCGUCGAUGUUGGCUGAUGCGCUGGCGGGUAGGAAUAUGGAGGUCGAUGCCAUCGUUGGGAACACUGUGAGGCUUGCGAGGGAGAAAGGUGUCGCGACGCCGAUGCUCCAGACGAUUUACUUCCUUGCGUCUGGGCUUGACACGAGUUUCACGCUGGCGAGGUCAUGA